AUGUCAACUGAAGCAAAACCCUCUGAUCUUCAUUUUCACUCCAGAAACCCUUCUAUUCAAACUAGCCAAAUGCAGAAUAUAGCAAGUGAAAGCAAACCAUUGAAAGACUCAAAGAAAAAGGUUUCAGUUUCUUUUACUCAAAAUCAGGAUGGAAAGAAAAUGUUGAAGGAAAACAAAUGCAAAUCAAACACAAAAUCUAACAUGUGUUAUUGUUCACCAACAACUCAUGAAGGUUCAUUCAGGUGUAGACUUCACCGAAUCAGUGCACCAAAGAAAUCAGUAACUGAGAAAACCAAUGUGAGAUGUUCCAAGUUGGCACAUGUUGAGUUUAAGCCUCAACUGUCAAGGUUUGGGAGAGUUGGAUCACAUGAUAGCUUAAUCCAACUUUCUAGGUUGGGAUCUUGA